GUUACGUAUUCCAGAUAAGGCAAUGGAAAUGACAGACGAUCCACUAGUUCUAGUUUUUAAAGCCUUGGACACGGAAAAUAAGGGAUAUAUUACUGUGGAGCAAUUCGUAUCAACUUUUAAAGAAUUUUAUAAUUCAAGUGGAGCUAAUGGAGAAAGGCGAUCAUCACUUUCUUCGAACGAUAUCAUGAAAGUAGUGCAGACUUUAGAUCCAGAAAAUGACGGAAUUAUACAUUAUGAAGAUUUUAAGAAGGCUUUUGAGGGAAACAUAAACUGUAAGGUGCCUUUCAUCUCAAUAAUAUACAAUUAGUUGAUGAAGACA